AUCGUGGCGCCCAUUCACCCUGUUGCGUCGAAGCGUGACGGCCCCCUCGAUAGCCGGCGAGGCGGACCUUGGGGCAUGAAUCAACCGGCCGCUUACACGCCCCUCGAGUCGCUGUUCCUGUUCCAGUCGCUGCUUUCCCAUGGAGUCGACAGUGGGGCGUUUGCGCGCAUCUCGGAGCUGCUCAAGGGGAAUGCGCUCAUCAAGAGCAGCGACACCUACGAUGCUGCGCGUCUAGCCCCCGAGGCACUGCAGCAGCUGUUCCUGCGGCUGCUGCGUGACGAGCUCAAGAGCGAUGCGGAGCGCGCUGAAGGGGGGGCAGCGGGAGGCGGCGAUGGAUUGGGGUCACCUGGGUCGCGUAAGAGGAAGCUGGGGAGUCCGCCGCUGCCGACGCUUAAGGAGGUGUACGAGAAUGUCGACAAAAUCCCGGCCAUGGUCGAUCGAAUGUACGCACGGUAUCGAGACCACACGGUGGAACUGAUUCGCGAGGACGAACGCAGAUUUGCAACACUGCAGAGGGAGAUUCAAUUGCUGGAGCGGAGCGAAAAGGAGAGACUUGCCAAGGUGGCAGCGAGCCAGAAUGUCACGCCGAGUCUGGCUCCACGAGAUCCAAGGGCGGCGGCAGCGACAACGACAGUGACAGUCCCAUCAUCGACAGCACCAGUACCAUCACCGAUGCCACCUUCAAAUGGAGUUGCUCCCUCUCCAGCACAAGCACCAACAGCCCCAUCAGGAAUCAGGAAGGGACCGACUCCCAAUACGCCUGUCCCGCCGCCGAAGCCCCCCGUAUCUGGCGUUGUAGCGCCCAAGGUCGCGUUACCGAGUCAAUUGGUGGCUGCAACACCACCAUCUCGACCUCCUGUCUCGCCGAAGCCGCCCAAUGGAACGUCUUCCGUGCUUCAAGCGCCUGCUGGGGCUCCCACGCCGCAACCAACCUCCCAAGUGUUGCAGCCGCCGACGCAGCAACCGCCGAAACAAAUGAUUUCUCCUCGACCAGAGGCUGCUGGUCCGCAGCCUCCAGCUGUGCCAGGAGCUACCCCCGCUCAGGCUGGGUCGCUUAAAUGGGAGAAGCCGUAUCAACCUCCUCAAACAACGCAAGGCCUCCCAGCCGAGCAAUUCUCGCCACCAGUUCUCUCUUCUCCAGGCAAUGCAGCUGUUCAAAAGGCACCACCGCCACAGCAGCAGCAGCAGCCUCCACCUCCGCAGCAACAAUGGCAACGACAGCCAGUAUCUCAUCCCCAACAUCCACAACAGCAGCCUAUUCAGUAUCCCCCACAACCGCCACAUGGACAAGUGGCACCCUCACCACAACCACAACCACAACCACAACCGCAACCGCAACAGCAACAGCAACAGCAGCCACAACAACAGGCUCGGCCAACAGCGGCAAAACCUGUCCUGGUUCCUCCUCAACCUGCAGGCCAACUGGCUCCUCCUCCCCUGCAGCCGGGGCCUCCUCGUCCAACCGGGCCAGGGACUCCACAGCAGGCUCGCCCGCCAUCAACACCUUCAGCCGCACCGGGCCGUCCUCUCCAACCUCAGCAACAGCCUCAGCUUCAUCCACAACAGCAGCAGGCCCAACAAGGCCAGCAGGCCACCCCUCAGCAUCAGCAUAUUCAGAGGGCAGUGCAGGCCCAACCAUCCUUAUUGGCCCAGAAAUUCCAGCAUAUACCGAGAAUCCAGACUCCACGAGCAAUUGCUUCCGCAAACCCCGCCAAAACAUCACCUUCAGUAACCGCUGCUGGAUCUCCUAUUCCCAACAAGGGGACUCCUGGAGUUAUUGCGACGCAGCGAUGGCAGCCAGGCGCUUCCUCAGCACAGCAGGGAGCCCGGACGAUGCCCUCUGCUUCCCCUACAGCCAAAGACAAGGCAUAUGGCGCGUCAUACGUUGCUCAAGCACCACGCCCUGCUAUUCCAGAGCAUAUGAUUCGUCAGGCGGCUGCUACUCCAGGACCUACCAGGCGCCUUAGUCCGGCGUCUCCUGCACCACGGACACCAGCACCGUCUAGUCCCGUCUCUCUUAAACGCGGGUUCGGAACGAAAUGGGCAUCUCACUCGACACCAUCCACUCCUGGUCCGAUAGCAUCGGAGCCGGAGAGCCCGGCUUACGAACCCGUUAGCCCUCCACUGCCGCGGCCCGCCAUCGCAAAGGACCUUGCAGCCAAGGUAGUUCCCAAGCUGGCAGUUGCGAAACCAACAGCCAAAGUCGAAGCGACGCCCCCAGCGAAGGCACCUCGAGGUCGACCCCCCCGUUCGGUGCAGAGAAGUCGUGGCCCAAGCGCAACGCCGUCUGCCACAGGCACAAGGAGAAGCCAGUCUGUGAUAUCCCAAACAGAUGAACUCUCUCUAGACCAUUCUAUGACCAAGGUGAAGAAGGAAGUUGCAACGCCGCGGCUUCGGGAAGAAACCGGCGAUACAACUGCGGAUGAGAGCAUGCCAGGACGUGGCCUCAUGGCUACACCUAGUAGUAUGACCCGUGCACCCAAGCGGAAGCGGCAGGAUACUCCUACUGACCUUCAAGGCCCUCCAACGCAUGUGUUGUGGACGCGGGGAUUCACAAAGGUGUCCUCGUCAGCCCUCGACCAGAUAUCGAGUCAUCGCGAUGCCAAUAUGUUUGCGACCGCCCUGCGCGAAAAGGACGCGCCGAAUUAUAGGCAAAUCGUCCUGCAGCCGCAAGACAUUACCUCUAUCCGUUCUGCCAUCAAAGCAGGUAACAAAGCGGCGCUGCAAGCGGCUGCUAAUUUGCCGGGUGGCGAUCCGGGCACAGCAAGCGUUUGGCUUCCCAUCUCUGACGAUCUCGUGCCUCCCAGAGGAAUCAUUAACAGCGCUCAUCUCGAGCGUGAAUUAGUGCACAUGUUUUGCAAUGCUAUCAUGUACAACCCCGAUCCAGAUCGCGGUCCCGGGCCAGCAUUUAUUAGAAGGUCUCACAGCGACGAGGAAGAAAUCGUUGGUUAUCGACUCGACGAGAACGGAGUGGUUAAGAACACGCAGAGCAUGUUUCUCGAGGUUGAGAAGCUACUGGGCGAUUUGCGCGCGGCAGAAAAGGACCGAGGUAUUCCGCCAAUAUCUACAACGAGGCAAGGCAGCGUGGCCACCCCGGCGGAAGACACUGCCGAGGAGGAAGACGAGCUCGCUGGCGAUGGGGACUCAGCUUCGGCCUCGGGAACGGCCAAGAGGAGACGCAUCAGUACUAGGAGUUAG